AGUGCUGUCUCUGCUCUAGCAUGCCUCAUACUUAUCAACAGCUUAAUAUCAAGUUGAGGGAAGUCUAAUUUCUCAAUUAAUAUAGAAAUACCUGGGUGUCAGUAUCAACACCAGUUCAUCUGCAGUUUGUGUAGAAUACCUAGUCAAGUUCCACUCCCUGUCCUAAAGGAAGGCCACAUUAUUUACUCAUAACCUUGUUAAAGAUGAGAUGUUUUGUUUACAUUUGAAGACAAAACGAAUUCAGCUUUACAAGAAGCCUAAACUGAAUUCAGCUGAUGAUGUAUGUCUGAGAGAGUCGUGGGGACUUAAAUAUCAGUUUCCAAGUGCAUUAUCUCUUAACGUGAUCUGUGUGCUGACAUGAAACCAAUGUUUUGGAUUGUAAAGGUUGCUGAGACAGACAUAAAAUAGUGAUCACUCUAGUUGGAAGAGGAAGCUUGAUAUUAGAUAUUCUGAAGCUGAAAUGAAGUGUGCCUUCCGAAGGGCUGUUCAUUUCGACCGCUCAGAAUGGUCACCGUCAAGGAUUGAGCCUUCUGAGGGUUUAGACCAGCAGACACCAACCCUCUUCCUGGAGAUCUGCCUUCCUGCAGGUUUCAUCUCCAACCAAAAUCUAACAUUCCUGAUUUAGUCGAUCAAGUACUUCUUAAGGCAGUGACUAGAUGGUCAAGUGAGCACGAUUGUAGUUGGAGAUAAAGUCUUCAGGAAGGUGGACCUCCAGGAACAGGGUUGGUGACCACUGGUUUAUAGAACAGCCCAGUUCCUGCCCAAACCCAGUAGUUAAACCUAGCUAAAUGCGCAGUAGUAGCGCAGCAGCACGUGAACGAAUACUAACGGCUUUCCCCGUCUGAUGACGUCGACAGAAAGGGGGGCGGGGUCACGCCUGGAAUCAGGAACAAUCUACACAAACCUGUAUUGCUCCUGCAUAUUGUUUUCUGACCAGUCAUCAGCACAACCUGUCAUGUUUUAACCGAAAAGAAAUGUCAACAUGGGCUCUCAACGGAAACACCACGCCACAAAGGGAGCUUGGGGAAGACUGCCUCUGUGCUUUUUGGCUAGCCUGUCAGUUUGUCUGUGUUUAUGCAGAGCAGAGGACAGUUCAAUGGAGAACAUCGUGACUGAGAAGAAGGCUGAAGAAAGCCACCGACAAGACAGUGUCGACCUGCUCGUGUUCAUUUUACUCCUCACCCUCACCAUCCUGACAAUAUGGCUCUUCAAACACCGUCGAUUCAGGUUUUUACACGAGACCGGGCUGGCGAUGAUCUAUGGAUUGCUGGUUGGGGUUGUGCUGCGUUACGGGAUCCACGUGCCUCGGGACAUCAACAACGUUACGCUGAGUUGCCAUAUCAACGCCAGUCCAGCCACGUUACUAGUCAACGUAAGCGGCAAGUUCUACGAGUACACACUGAAGGGCGAGAUCAGCUCCAAUGAAGUCAAGGAUGUUCAGGACAAUGAGAUGCUUCGCAAGGUGACCUUCGACCCAGAGGUAUUUUUCAACAUUCUUCUGCCGCCCAUCAUAUUUCACGCGGGAUACAGCUUAAAGCGGAGACAUUUUUUCAGGAACAUGGGCUCCAUUUUGGCCUAUGCCUUUGUUGGAACAGUGGUGUCCUGCUUAAUCAUUGGCUUACUGAUGUAUGGCUGCGUGAUGCUUAUGAAACAUACUGGCCAGAUGGGAGGAGACUUCUUCUUCACUGACUGCCUGUUCUUUGGUGCCAUCGUAUCAGCCACUGAUCCAGUGACCGUCCUGGCCAUCUUCAACGAGUUACAGGUGGAUGUCAACCUCUAUGCUCUAUUGUUUGGGGAGAGCGUGUUAAAUGACGCUGUUGCUGUGGUGCUUUCCUCGUCCAUUGUUGCAUAUCAGCCCGAGGGAAACAACAGUCAUACAUUUGAAGCCAUGGCCAUGCUUAAGUCGCUUGGCAUCUUUCUGGGAGUCUUCAGUGGUUCCUUUGCUCUUGGAGUGGCUACCGGUGUAAUGACUGCCUUAGUCACCAAAUUUACCAAGUUGCGGGAUUUUCAGCUGCUAGAAACGGCCCUCUUCUUCCUCAUGUCCUGGAGCACAUUCCUGUUGGCUGAGGCUUGUGGCUUUACAGGUGUGGUAGCAGUUCUUUUCUGUGGAAUUACACAGGCUCAUUACACCUAUAACAACCUGUCCCCUGAGUCACAGGACCGGACCAAGCAAUUAUUUGAGCUGUUGAAUUUCCUGGCUGAGAACUUCAUCUUUUCGUACAUGGGCCUGGCCUUGUUCACUUUCCAGAAUCAUGUCUUCAACCCCGUCUUCAUCGUGGGAGCAUUUCUGGCCAUUUUCCUGGGCCGUGCAGCGAAUAUUUACCCACUCUCCUUCCUGCUCAACUUGGGCCGCAGGAACAAGAUAAGCUCCAACUUUCAGCACAUGAUGAUGUUUGCAGGUCUCCGAGGGGCCAUGACUUUCGCCCUCUCUAUCAGAGACACAGCCACAUACGCACGGCAGAUGAUGUUCUCCACCACCCUGCUGGUGGUCUUCUUCACCGUGUGGAUAUGUGGAGGAGGCACCACUCAAAUGUUGUCUUUCCAACGCAUCCGUGUUGGAGUGGACUCAGACCAGGACAAUUCAAUUGGCCCUGAGGGAUUAGAGAGGAGAAGCACCAAACAGGAGAGUGCCUGGUUAUUUAGGAUUUGGUACAACUUUGACCACAACUAUCUUAAGCCCAUUCUGACUCACAGCGGGCCGCCACUCACAGCCACUCUGCCAGCAUGCUGCAGCCCACUGGCCCGAUGCCUCACCAGCCCACAGGCGUGCGAGAAUGAGGGCCAGUUGAAGGACGAUGACUCAGACCUUAUCCUGAACGACGGUGACAUCAGCCUGACCUAUGGUGACAUCACCGUUAACACGGACGCGACAGGCACGCGCACGAUCAGCAUUCCGGCUGGUGCAGCAGGCGUCCACUCUGAUGAUGCUCUGGACAGAGAGUUGACCUUUGGUGACCAUGAGCUGGUGAUCCGGGGCACACGUCUCGUGCUGCCCAUGGACGAUUCAGAGCCGCCUCUACGCCACCGGGAGAUUUGAGCUGCAUGGAAAAAAAUCCUGAAGGAAGUCAAAGGCUUUCCUGUCCCUCUUUCCAUCACCACCACAGUCUGGAGAAAUCUCUCUCUCUCACUCUCUCGCUCGCUCUCUCUCUCUCUCUCUCUCUCUCUCUCUCUCUCUCUCUCUCUCUCUCUCUCUCUAUCCCCCCACAACCACUAUCCUCUCUCUAAAGUGGCUGGUUUGAUGUCUCUACCUCAUUUGUCAUUUUCUUUCUGCUCCUCCAAACAUGACUUGUGAAACCUUGUCAGUUCUAGCCAUCCAUUAUUUGUUUUUGGGUUUUUUUUCCACAACUUGGGUGUUUAUGGCAUCUUCAAGCAUUGUGGCAUUGUCUGUCUCAGAGGCUAGUGUGAGAAGUGAUAGAGCAGUGCUUUCUUGUCUGCAUAGUAAGGUGUGAAAUAGCUGUGCAUGCUAAUUCUUGCUUUCUGUUGGUGCGUGAGGUGCCUGGUUCAAAGGGGAUUCAAGCUUGGGCAGUGGUAAAACAGCUAAGAGACUUUCAGACUCUCCGAAUAGAGGUGUGGUGACCUGAUGGUUUGUUAUGUGGUUGCAAUCAAGUGCCUGUUGAAUGUCAUUUUUCCUUAUCCUUGGAGCAAAACAGCACUGCCAUCCACUAGAGGGAGGCCUUGUAUCUUAAUACUGAACUCGUCUGUGUGAUGUAGGCUUCAAAUUGGCAACAAGAGGGACUUGCUGUAGUCUGUGCUAUCAGAAAGCCCAGAACUCGCAUACUGACCUUUGACUGUGACUCUGGUGGACUUUCACCUUGUUAUACACGUCCAUGUUAGUUGCAGUAAGAUGUUCUAUCAGCUAGUCGUGGUACAAAAUCUGAGGCCGAUUUUUUUUAUUUUUAUUUUUCCUGAUUUGUUUGCAUUUUGUAAAAAGUCACAAAACAUCCUGAUUAAUUUUACCAUGCAGCUCUAAACCACUGAAAUGACAUAGCGUCAUGUUUAACAGUGAAUGACUAAAACUCUCCAUCAUCUGUAUUACUAAUAUAGACCAAACUAUAGUAAAUCCUUUUUUAAAAAAUAAAUAAAUAAAUAAGAACAGAAAAAAGAAAGAGGAUUCUUAGCUGUGCUAGUGCAGAACUGCAAGGAUAGAAAGAAGAAAAGUUCACAGCAAUGUGUUCGAUUUCUUCGUAGGCCUUUUAAUAUACUAACCUUUGCAUGAUGUGUGCUGUGUGGAGAUGCAUUGCCGUGUGUUCUCCCCGUUUUUUGCGCCAUUUUGGAUUUGUUUGUUUUUUUUUUAUAGCGAAUUGAAAAACCAUCGUCUAGGUUGGUGUGUAAUGUCACUGCAGCACAAAUUAUAUUUAAUAAUUGUUGUUUUUUUCCUGAGUAUAGAGGGAGGAUGGCUGAAUGAUUUUAAGCAUGCUAUUAAAGGGCUGAAUGAACAGGUAUUAUCUGUUUUUAAUAUUUGUACUUUUGGUGGAAAAAAUGUCGAGGGGAAAUCGACCAUUUCCUGUUUGAGUGUAAUGUUAGGGUGUGGUGCAGUGAUGAGAUGAACAACGGCGCUGAUGGGUGCAAGCACAACUGUACUUUUGUUAGAGUUGUAAUCAAAAUGAUUCAACCCCCAUUGCAAAUCAGGUUUAUUGUCAAAAUUUACAAACUUUCAGCUGUUUGCAAUGAACAAAUCAAACAAAGGCAAUUGAAAUAGUUCAACACAACAAAUGCUUCAAGUGGUUUCCCCAAAUUCAACUAAAAAUGCAACUUCUAAUGAUUUCUCCAGUUUCAAAAUUAUUCAACCCCCUCAUGGCAAGCAUCUUUAGUACUUAGUAGAGCACCUUUUGCUGUUAUGACCUGCUGCAAACGAGAUGCAUAGCUUCUAGUAGCGUUCCUGAGGAAUCUUAACCCAUUCCUCAUGAGCAAUGGCCUCCAGUUCAGUAAUAUUCUUUGGUUUGCGUGCUGCAACCGUCUUCUUCAAAUCCCACCAGAGAUUUUCUAUGAGGUUCAAGUCAGGUGACUGUGAUGGCCCUGUAGAAUCUUCCAGGACUUCUUCUACAACCAAGCCUUGGUGGAAUUUGAGGUAUGCUUGGAAUCAUUGUCCUGUUGGAAUGUCCAAUGACGCCAAGCUUCAGUUUACUCACAGACGGCAUGAUGUUUUCUCCGAGGAUUUCCUGAUACUUCAAUGAAUCCAUCAUCUCAGAAAUCUGCUUGCAGCCAUUGAUAGCUUCCUUUUUCUGCCACAUCCAGGUAUUUAAUAAAUUUUCUCCCCCUAACCAAUUCAGGUAUUUCAUGUGUUCCAGCUCAAGCACACCUGGUGCAAAUAAUGAAGCCCCUUGAUUAGCUGCAUCAGGUGUGCUUGAGACAACACCUGUUUUGAAUAAUUGUGCUGUUGUGAGGAAUUCUGUUCAGGGGGUUGAAUAAUUUUGAAACUGGAGAAGUCAUUAUAAGUUGCAUUUUCAGUUGAAUUUGGGGAACCCACUUGAAGCAUUCGUUGUGUUGAACUAUUUCAAUUGCUUUUGUUUGAUUUGUUCAUUGCAAACAGCUGAAAGUCUGUAAAUUUUUACAGUAAACCUGAUUUGCAAUGGGGGUUGAAUAAUUCUGAUUGCAACUGUAUGUAUGUAUGUAUGUAAAUGAAUAUAUAGAGAACUAUGAGAUAAAUGAAAUAGUGUGAUUGAUUUUUAAUACACUGUCUAUUAAAAA